UUAUUAUUGUAGUUUUUAUUCUGCCCUUUUAUUUGGCAGAGAAGCUUAAAGACCUCAUAAACCUACAACUUUCCUAACAUUGAGCCAUAUGGCAGUUCAAGUGUAGAUGGGGUUGCCUUGAAUCGAGGUCUAGUCACGGAAAGAGUGAGUAAGCUCGCAGGCCUCUCCGAGGCUUUGACGCAGAGAGACAAAACAAAGGAGCCGAACCCUUUCCAAGCUGCCCUUGAAGAAUCUACCUGAUCGGCGAGCUUUGAGAACUACGCUUCCCGGCGCCUCCUCCACGGGCAGGCCGGGUGGGCGGGGCCGAGCGGCGAAGCGGGGUCUUAAGAGCUUGGGCGCGAUGAGCGCCGGCGUCAGCGAGUCCGUCGAGCUGCGGAACUACGUUUCCCGGCAUCCCCCACGGCGCAGGCAGAAGGCAGAAGACGUGCUCCACAGUAGCAGCGUGAUGCCUGAUAUCCCAUUUUUGCCAUUUUCCAUCCUACUUGGAGUUCUGGGAAUCUUGUGCGUGGGCUUCACGGUGUAUUGGAGUCACCACUGGCUUGAUGGCUUUGCCUGGGAUGGAUCGGCUCAGAUGUUUAACUGGCACCCAGUUCUCAUGGUGACAGGCAUGUUGGUCUUGUAUGGCGCUGCUGCACUGGUAUAUCGGGUGCCUCUCUCCUGGCAGGGAUCCAAGCUCCCAUGGAAGCUAGUACAUGCAUCUCUGACCUUGACAGCAUCCAUCAUUGUUGUCCUGGGACUAGUAGCUGUCUUUGAGUAUCACAAUGUGCAGGGAAUCCCAAACAUGUACUCACUACACAGCUGGGUAGGUCUGUUGGCUGUGCUGCUCUUCUUCUGCCAGUGGCUAAUGGGGUUUUCUUCUUUCCUGCUGCCUUGGGCCCCUAUCUGGUUCAGAGCCCUCUAUAAGCCCAUUCAUGUCUUCUUUGGAUCUGCCAUCCUCUCCUUGGUUGUGGCAGCAUGCAUCUCUGGCAUCAUUGAAAAGCUGUUCUUCAGGCUAUCAAAAUCAGCAACACCUUACUCCAUGCUUCCUACAGAAGCUGUGUUUGGCAAUGUACUUGGGAUGCUAAUCUUGGUCUUUGCGCUGUUGGUGUUGUGGGCUCUGGCCAGACCUGCAUGGAAACGUCCAGAUGUGAAUUCAGAAGACACCCAAGAGCCAUUGCUACAUGGAGCCAGAUGAAAUAUUAUGAAGCAGCUCUGCAGAACAAGCAAGAGGUGGUGUAAUGGCCAAUUCUCCACUGAGAUUAGCAGCCUUAACUUGAGGCUGCCUUCAAUAUGGGAAUUUGCAUCUUGAAUUGGUGCAGUAAGAAAAAGCAACAAGCUUCCCAACCUAUUCUUCUAUAUGAUGGCUCUGCUUUUUGAUGGUUUGAGGUUCUCUUGCUACCAUGGACAGCUGGACAGCCAGUUCUGAACAGCUCAUGUUCUAUUUGCUAUGUAUAAGAAUUUGUUUUUUGUACUUUUAUGGCUCACCAGAAACCUAAAUUAUCUACUAAAAUAAAUGACUUUGUUUAA